UCACUGUGACCACGAAGGUCGGCUCGUCCGCCGAUAUGGCCAUCGAGGCCAUCAAGGAGGAAGGCAAGGAGAUGCAGCUGAAAGGCCAGAUGAUGUUCGUGCCCGAAUCCAACCUGAUUCUCUACCUGUGCUCGCCGAGCGUGACCAACCUCGAUGAUCUCAACCAGCGAAGUCUCUACCUGAGCGACAUCCCGCUGCACGACGCCACGCGAGAUCUCGUGCUGCUGUCGGAACAGUUCGAGGCCGAGCUGAAGCUGACGCAGAAGCUGGAGACGCUCACCGAGCAGCUGCAGAAGACCUUCAUCGAGCUGGAGGUGGAGAAGAAGAGGACGGAUCAACUUCUCUAUUCGAUCCUGCCGAUCAGUGUGGCAAACGAGCUGCGUCAACAUCGACCCGUUCCCGCGAGAAAAUACGAGAAGGUGACGGUGCUGUUCAGCGGUAUGAAGGGCUUCUCGGAAUACGCCGCAAUGAACUCCGACUCGGCGGGCGCCAUGAAGAUCGUGACCCUUCUGAACAACAUGUACACUACGUUCGAUGUUCUCACGGACCCUGCGAACAACCCCGACGUCUACAAGGUGGAGACGAUAGGGGAUAAGUACAUGGCGGUUAGUGGGCUUCCUGAGCCGUGUGACUUCCACGCUAAGUGCAUCGCCCUGCUAGCGCUCGACAUGAUGGAUCUGUCCAAGAAAAUCACCGUCGAUGGCGAGCCGAUAACCCUCACCAUAGGCGUUCACUCGGGCGAGGUGGUGACAGGCGUCGUUGGCAAGCGCAAGCCCCGAUACUGUCUUUUCGGUAACACCGUCAACCUGACGAGCCGCACGGAGACGACGGGAGAGAAGGCCGAUCACGUGUCCGAGGAUGCUUACAAUUCCAUCAUGCAAGCCGAGAACUGGGACCCAUCGUUCGAACUAACGUACCGAGGCGAGACGAAGAUGAAAGGCAAGUCUCAGGCCAUGAAGACUUGGUACCUUAGCAGGCGCACAGUGAAAAGCAGCUCAACGAAGGCGCUGUGCAAUUAGCUUCACAUCAGACGAAAUAAUUAGCGAAAGGCGCUGUUAACUGAUACGCAAUACGUGUGUGGUGUCGGGAGAGUGUGGGUAAAGAGGGGAAGGGAGGAGAUUUCUCGUACGAAACACUUGUUACACACGUUAACGCGUGCCCACCAGCUGUUUCAUGCACAUAAUGUGAUAUAUUUAUAUGGCAAUUAUUUCACGGUUUGGUUCUGUGGCUUAAUAUUACUUCAUGAGAACAUAUAUUUGUUUUCAACAUAGAUAAUAUAAGUUGAAUUGUCAUUGUUUACUAGCCGACAAAAAACUAGUUAGAAUUCUUUUUGCGUGCGGUUGGAUAUAUUUGCAGGUUUAUAGGUUGAGGGCAAUUUGCUGUUAUAUGAUGCAACUAUACCCCAUGUUGAGAGAUAUCACAACCGUUCUUAAUAUCUAUAAUAUUUAUAUAAACAAAAAAGCAAGAUACAAACCAA